CUUGUUGGUACGUUAGUUUGCGAGCGUUUGUCGUUAGCAUCGGACGUGUGUCGUGUGCGAUUUGAAUUGAUACGUUAAAUUCUUACGCGAAAAUCGGAGAACAAUCGUAAGCGCGUUUCAAGCGUUGCAAUUUUUUGGCGAAUCAUUUCCGCGUGCCAGCUCUAAAUUAAAUGCGCGACAAAGAGGCAACAGAAAUCAAAGUAUAAUAUUUAAGCUGACGAGCUGAGCGUUGCAAUAUUUGGCGCCGCGCGCGAAAAACUCAUUAAAAAGUUCGACGCUUGACAUGUUAAAUAUGCACAAUAAACACGCGGCACAACAAGGCAAACAUAAUUAAUUGCCCGCGCUCGUUUCAGUUGCUCUGUCUCUGUCUCUGUCGCUCUCGCUCUCUCUUACUCUGUCCUUCUUCCGUCUUGUUUACUUCUGUGCCCGCGUGUGUGUGUGUAUGUGUGUGAGUGCGCCAGUGUCACUGUGUGCGUGUGUAUUAUUUAAAAAUCAAAAUAAAUUGCAUUGCAAGCAUAUUUAAAUACGCAUAAACUCUGAAGAGCUCAACGGGAGUUUGCGGUUUCAAUUGUGAGUAAAUAGCGAACAACAACAACUGAAACGCCAAACAACAACAACAACAACAACUGUCGCCGCUGCUGCUACUGCUUGUUGUGCGCGCAAUUUCCGGUUUCCGUUUCCUUUACGCGACGUUCGCGAAGUUCUAAAAAAAAAAAUUAAAAAAAAAAACAUUGCUGCCCACCAAAUUUGUUAACAGCAGCAAUAACAGCAACAAAAAAGUGUUAAAUAGCUGUAAAGAUAUCCAGUGUUGCCUGACCAAGCAAAGAUUUGGAGCUAUUUCGCCUGCAGCUGCAGCGUUGCCAAUUCAAAAUAAUUGCCAAAAAAUAUAAGAAAAAUUAUUUUACUAGUAACAAUAGCAACAGCUGAUUGCUUACUGUUAAACCAAAAAUAUAUAAAAAAAUAAAUAAAAUAAAAAGUGCUGCCCACUUGGCGGCUGCUACUUUCAUUUUUGCCGUAACAAAAACAAAUUCAACACGGUGGACGCCGAACUGGCUCAAAGGAACAACAACACACUGAAACAGGUCCUCACACAUGUGGCAGUGAGCGGAAAGUUGAAGCGCAUCGGCAGGUUAAAUACAUUGGACACAGUUUGGAGAAGUGAUGAAGUCAUGAGACCGACAUUCGAUCGACGCCUCUGGAUAUUAUUGUUCAUUAUUUUAGUACAAUGCACCACCUAUACACUGCAACAAAAUAUCAAUGCCAAGUCGUUGCCAAAGACGACACCCGCCGAGCACGCAGCCAGCAAAUGGCGCAGCAUAUCAGAGCAGAGGCCACAGCCGGUGCAGAGUUCGCUCGAGCUAGCGGCAGAUGCACAGAGAAUGCGUCAGCUGGCAGCUGACCAUAAGCCGGUGGUGGGGCACAGCAGUGCGCCCUCCAAGUGUGCCAAGAACUGCGCCAAGGCAAAGGUGGCCAAGUGGAAGGCGCAGCUGAAGAGCCAUCGUGUGCACCAGGCGCAUCGGGCAGCCCCGCACAAGGAGGCUAAGCCGCGUUUGCGCCGGGAGACGGAGGAGGAGGAGCUGGAGCUGCCCACGGUCAUGUCCAGUGCCACCACAGUGGCAACCAGUGCCACCGCCACGACGUACGCAAACCGAACGUUCUCCGGGCUGUUGACUACGAUGAAGGCAAAACGCGCUCGGUCGACGGUGCAUCUGGCGCCGGAAGAUCUAAAACCCAAGCCCAAGGAGCCCGUCAUCAUAAUCGACGAUGUGGAGGAGUUCGAUAGCGGCACCGCCACGCGCGAUCUGUUUGCCAAGAGUCGCGACGAGGCGGAACUGAUGGACGACGAGGGGCCGUUGGAGGGUCCGCGGGCGUUGCCUCUGCGCCCGGUACUGCCCAAUCCCUACGAGGACGAGGAGAUGUCGGUGGUCUAUGCCGAGCAGCACUCGGAGAUCAGGCUAAUGUGCGAGGUCGACCUGGACAUAUCCUCCAGCAUGUGGUACAAGAAUGGCCAGGUGGUGCAUGCCAUGGACCGCACGACGCGCGUCACCGACUAUCGCUUUAUCAAGGAGGCUAAUGGAGCGCUAACCAUCACCAAUGUCAUGCUCGAGGAUGACGGCAAAUGGCAGUGUGAGGCGGAGAAUACGCGACGCUAUACGGAAAAUGCUCGGCCCGUCAAGCUGGUCGUCCUGGAUCGCCCGAAGCCACCGUAUUUGCUGAUAGAUUCGCGUCGCCUGGAUGCGGGCAACAUCUUUGUGCCAGUCAAAGAGAACUCGGAGCUGAAUUUGGCCUGCGUCAGCGAGGGCGGCAACCCGCGGCCCACGCUCACCUGGGAGGUGCUGCUCAGUCCCGGCGUGGAUCGGCAUGCCCAGAAGGUGUCCGCCGAGGUGCUGGAGCUGGAGGAGAUCAAGAACGAGAAGGAUAAGAACGGCUACAAAAUCAACAGCGGCGCCAAGAGCGAGGCGCGUCUGCCCGCUGUCUACAGGGCCCAUCACAAUGCAAGGAUUUUAUGUGUCAUGGAGCAUCCCACACUGAAGAUACGCCAGAAUGCCUCGCUACUCCUGGAUGUGCAGUAUACGCCCUCGUUUGCCAUCUCGCGCACACCUGGCUUUGGUUAUCCGCUGCGCGAGGGCAUCGAAGUUAGCCUCAAGUGCGAUGUCGACUCAAAUCCUCCGAGCACGCCGCGCUGGCAGAAGGACGACGGUGACACGCCGGUACCACAAACUGGCGAUGGUUUUCUCAACUUUACCUCCAUUCGACGGGAGCAUUCCGGCUGGUAUAAGUGCACAUCCCGGCAUCUGAACUUUCAAUACUCCUCGAUUGGCUAUUACCUCAGCGUGCGCUACGACUCGGUGGAUGUCACAUCGGAACCAGAUGAUCAAGAUGUCUCCGUAGCGGCUGCCUCGCACAAUCCCAACAAGGGGCAGCUGGAGGUGCAGCUCGGCGGUGCUGUAACACUUCAGUGUCCACAAGGCUCCCUGGGCUGCUGGUCACAUUUGGAUCCGGUUUCGGCACGUCUGCGUGGCCUUGGCUACGGCAGCUCGACUCCGACGGGCCAAUUCUCGCUCAAGGAUGUCAUGUACCAGGAUGCGGGCACCUACAAGUGCGUGGGCCAAUCCCCGGCCAACAAGAAGAAGCUCGAGGUGCUGCAAAGCGUCAUUGUUUCAGUCAAGGGUGCGCCCACAGUUGUCGCUCUGAAUGCCACGCCUGUCGCCUAUCCGGGCUCCCCUCUGCACUUGAAUGUGGAGUUCUGCGCCAAUCCGCCGGCGCAUGCGGCACGCUGGCUGCACGGCGAUCGCGUCUUUACGCCGGGCAAUCAGUACGGCAGCACCGUCCUCGCCUACUCGGUCAAGGAUCUGCCUACGCCCUACUGCAAGGAGGCGCGCUUGACCUAUGUCAGCAUGCAUGAGCGUGUGCCGCGAACGUUCUACUUCAUUGUCUCGUCGCCAGGUGGCGUCGCCGAGGCCGUCUUCAAUGUGAACUUUACGAAGCGCCACCGCCAGAUGUCGAACAGCAUCGACGACGACGAGGAGGAGGAGCUCAAUCGGCCAGAGCAAAUCCAUUUUCCGGUUUUCAGCAAUAACACGGCGAGCGGGCGGGCGAUGGCCAUGGACCUCCAGCUGGCCCUGGCGCUGACUCUAUUUGGUGCCACGCUGCUGCAGGCCCAUUAAUUCUUAAGAGCGUGAAAGAGACAAACACAAAGUGCGAACGAGAGAAACGAGUGUGCGAGUGUGUGAAUGAAAGAGAGAAUGUCGACUAUAAACGCAUGCAAUUCAUUAUGCUAUGUACUACGUACUACCCACUAUGUCUAAGCCCUUAUAUACAUACAUAUAUACAUAUAUCUACUAUAUAAACAUAUGUACUACUAUAUGCUAUCGCCCAGAACUACUACCACUACUAAUACUAUUCUAAAGCUAUGUGUAUGUGUAUUUGUAACCAAUUAGCAAAAGCAUCAAAAUGAAAUUAUGCCACUUGAACCCUUACCCACACCCUCACCCUCCUACCACACCCACAACACACACACACAAACCCACUUUUGUAGGCUUCUAAGUUGGCGAUUUCAACUUUUUACCUAAGCAUUAGCCACAGCUCCCCACACUAACAAAUGAAAACUAAUACUUGAUAUUUUUACUGUAGCUGUAAGUAACUGUAACUGUAACUAUAACUGUAACUGUGUGUGUACGUGUGUAGUACUUAGUAGCAGCGCUUAACUUGAAUGCCAAAAUAGAAAAGAAAAGAAAACAAAACUAAAGUACAUUUAAAUAUAUUUAAAACAUGAAACGAAAUACUUUUUGGUUUAUCUCUAUUGUUAAAAGUUGAGCCAUGCAUACCAUAAUUAUUGUACUUUAAGUUCCUUUUCGAGAAAACAAGCGAGAAACUUGCAAAGUGACUGAUUUUUGUUAAAUAUUUUGAGGCAAUUAGUGUUUAGAGUGUAAAGCGGUUAGAGAGUGCUUGAAAAAAACAAAUAAUAAA